UAUAUAUUAAUAAUUCUCAUCCAUAGCAGAACUAUCAAAAUAAACACACAAACUCACACAAAGACUACGUUAUUGCAUCAAAUGGGUUCCAAUGCAGAAUUGGGAAAGCCACAUGCCAUAUGCAUCCCCUUCCCAGCACAAGGCCACGUAAACCCCAUGAUGAAAUUUGCUAAGCUCCUUCACUUGAAGGGAUUCCACAUCUCCUUCGUAAACACCCACUUCAACCAUAAGCGCUUGCUCCGAUCCCAAGGUCCCUCCUCCCUCGACGGCCUGCCAGACUUCCGUUUCUACUCCAUUCCUGAUGGCCUCCCACCAUCUGAUGCCGAUGCCACCCAGUCAAUCCCAGACCUCUUUCACUCCAUUCCUAAGCACUGUGUCGAACCUUUCUGUGAGCUGAUUACAAGGCUUAAUGGUGCAUCUGACGUGCCACGGGUGAGCUGUAUUGUUUCUGAUGGAGCUAUGACGUUUACCCUCAAAGCUGCUGAGAAGUUUGGGUUGCCGGAAGUAUUCUUUUGGACGACGAGUGCUUGUGGGCUUUUGGGUUACCUUCGCUGUCGUGAUCUUAUGCAAAAAGGGUAUACUCCUCUCAAAGAUAUGAGUUACGUGACAAAUGGGUAUUUAGAAACAAUCUUAGAUUGGAUUCCAGGGAUGAACAACAUUCGAUUAAGAGAUUUCCCAAGCUUCAUUCGAACCACAGACAUUAACGACAUCUUGCUUAACUAUCUCGUGACCGAGGCUGAGGCUCUAACUAGAGGCUCCGUUGUGGUGCUUAACACAUUCGAUGCCCUAGAAAAAGACACUGUUAACCUCUUAACUGCUUCCAUGCCACGAAUUUUCACUGUGGGCCCACUAAACCUGAUGCAACAGCAUGUGCAAGAUGAACGAGUCAAACAGCUUGGGUCCAGUCUUUGGAAAGAAGAUGUAACUUGCAUCCAUUGGCUUGAUACAAAAGACCCUGGCUCGGUUGUUUUCGUCAACUAUGGAAGCAUUACAGUGUUGACAAAGGAACAACUAAUUGAGUUCGCAUGGGGACUCGCUAACAGCAAGAAGGAUUUCUUAUGGAUAACCAGGCCGGACAUUGUUUGCGGCAAUGAGGCGGUGAUGCCACCGGAGUUCCUAGUUGAGACUAAAGGGAGAGGCUUGAUCAUUAGUUGGUGUCCUCAAGAACAGGUUUUAAAGCACCCUGCAAUCGGAGUAUUCUUGACACACUGUGGAUGGAACUCGACACUUGAGAGUAUUAGCAGUGGUGUUCCGUUGCUUUGUUGGCCGUUUUUUGCUGAACAACAAACGAAUUGUCGAUAUAGUUGUGUAGAGUGGGGGAUUGGGAUGGAAAUAGAUACAAAUGUGAAAAGAGAGAAGGUGGAGGCUCAAGUGAGGGAGAUGAUAGAAGGGGAAAAAGGAAAGUUGAUGAAAGCCAAGGCUUUGGAGUUGAGAAGAAAAGCAGAAGAAGGAGUCACCAUUGAUGGAUUGUCUUAUCUCAACUUUGACAAAUUUAUCACUGACGUUCUCUCAAAAAUCUGAAGCCAAUAUCUAUGUUUAUCUUUGCUACUAGUAGCUAAACAUUCUAUUGUUGUUGUUGGUUUGAUCCUUGCACUAUCAAAUAAAUUAAUAAUGCAUUUGUGAUAACAUUUAUCCAUAAACUUAUAUUUGUAUCUAAAUUUUACAUUGAUAUGUCAUAACUAAAAUAUUUAUUUUAACAAAC